AUGCGCUGUAUAUCUCUACCAAUUAUUCUUCUCCUUCUGCCCGUUGUUUGUGACUGCAGACUUAGUUCGAUGUAAGUAUAUACUAUUAGAUUCUCAAAGCUGAUUUCAGAGAUAUAUGCCAAUCCCUAGCCUUGAAUUCAUCGAAGGUUUUGGCAGAUGUCCGCACAAACGACUCGGCCAGGUUGAAUUUUCUGGCAAAUUAUACUGAAGGAUAUAUAAAGUUUGUAUGUGUUGUGUUAUGGUCCAAAAGUAUCUUAACUCGUCAUAAUUUGCAGUGUAACGCCUUAAAAGUGUGCGAUCGAUGUACAGAUGGGUUUAUGGCUUGUCUACAGGCCCAGAAAAACACAUCUGAACUUGUUGUGACGCCUGAGAAAUGCUGCUGCAAUUGCAAUUCGUCCAGGGGAUUUGAAAGUCGGAUGACAAACCUUUUUCUUGGAUUUGUUAUCUUUACUAUUAUAAAAUCUGUGUCUUUACAUUAUAUGUAA